AUGGCAACACCCGCUCUUCUGGCUUUUCUAUUGCAGUACGCUUUUCAAGUUUCCAGUGUGUUUACAUUAGGACAUUUGGGAUCCAAUGAGCUGUCCGCAUUAACAUUAGGUUCAAUGUAUGCAUCGAUAACAUGUUGGUCGAUUGGGUUCGGAACUACUACGGCAUUAGAUACACUUUGUCCGCAGGGCUAUACAUCGGAAAAUCCAAAAAUGGUUGGUGUUUAUACCCAACGCGCUAUCCUAAUUAUGAUGUUAGGAUUUAUACCAAUUGUUUUUAUAUGGUGGAAUGCCGAAAAUAUUUUAAUUUUAUUAAAUCAAGAAGUAGAAUUAUCAAAAUUGGCUGCUCUAUAUUUACGUUAUUUACUUUUGGGAGUUCCACCUAACCUCAUUUUUUGGUGUUUGGAAAAAUUUUUACAAGGACAAGCUACAACAUAUGUUUUAAUAAUUUGUUGUCCAACAAAUUUUAUUCUCAAUUAUGCACUCGUCUGGUGGGAACCUAUAGCACUUGGUUUUAUUGGUAGUCCAAUAGCUACCACCAUAACAAAUUGGUUAAUGUUAUUACUUACUAUCCUUUACAUAAAAUAUGUUAAAGGAUACGAAGCUUGGGGAGAAUUGUGGUCACGUUCUAGCUUUGAUGAUUGGUUUUCAUUCGGAAAACUUGCUUUUCCUGGUAUAUUAACAUCAUGCGCUGAUUGGUGGAUUUAUGAAAUAAUUGCUUUAGCGGCUGGUAUUUUAGGAAAUGUACCUUUAGCAUCUCAUCGUUUAAUUCUUACUAUUUCUUUAUUACUAUUUCAAUUACCUCAUAGUAUAUCAGUAGCAGCUUCAAAUAGAGUGGGUAAUUUAUUAGGUGCAGGAUUAUCUCGUAAAGCAAAAAUUGCUUCAAAUUUAUCAUUAAUUUUAGCUUUUACGGGAGCCAUUUGUAAUGCUAGUUUAUUAAUAGUAUCCAAGGAUUCAUUGGGAUAUUUAUUCUCAAAUGAUAAAGAAGUUGUAGAAUUAGUAGCAAAAAUAUUACCAUUAUCGGCAUUAUUUCAGAUAUCAGAUGGUAUAGGAGCAACAGGUAGCGGAAUCCUUCGUGGUCAAGGACGUCAAAAAAUCGUAGCAAUAAUUUAUUUACCAGCAUUUUAUCUUAUCGGUCUACCAUUAGGGUUAAUGUUAGUAUUUAAAUUUAAUCUUGGAUUAAAAGGAUUAUGGUGGGGUGUCACUUGUGCAUCUUUAAGUAUGGGUAUAGGAAUUUUUAUUAUUGUUUUGAUGUCUGAUUGGAAAUUAGAAGUUAAGAAAUGUCAGGAAAGAAUAAAAGAGGAUUUAAAUGAAGAGGAAAUUAUAGUGUAA